CCGCUCCACAAACUGGAAAAAAUAGUGACCUGUGGAUGGAAAAGAUAUCAGGACCUAAAUGGCAACAACUGAUCAACGGUGGCGCCACAUUUAAAGUUGAAUUUGAUAUGUUUGAUGAUUUGAUUAACCCAUUACACAGUGCUUUCAGUAUUCCCAAAAAUAUGAGUAGGAGUGUUCGCUACAGGUAAAUUGAGAGGAUCGCCUUUAUAUUGAAUCUCAAAUUUAUCAAAACAGCUCCUCCUUAUGAAUUUUAAAGUAGACAAAAGAUCACGAGUUUUUUUCUCUCUCAACUUCUUGUCCAGAUAAGUGGUUUUUCAUACUAAUGAAAAAAUUUCUUCAAAACAGGAACGGCGAGUAGUACACAGGUGAUAGCAACGAUGCAUUUCACAUGUACAGCGGUUUUAGUGAUUCAACCCACAACCCUCAAAAACCCAAAAUAUCCAUAUUUGGUCUUACGCUAUCCUAUGAUCAGAAAGAUGACAACUUGUACCUCGACAACGAUGAUUUCUCGUCCUCGAAAAAAGUCUUCCCUGUGCUUUCUGAUGAUAUAAAAGGAAAACCAUUGGCCAGGGUUCAAUCGGUAAGCACGAGCAGAGCUGGUCUGUUUGCAGACGCAUCAGCUAGAUCUGUGCCAUGCCACGCAGAAUGAUCCAAUAUUCUUCGCAUGGACCUCGAGGAGAAGGAGGGAAAAUGUUUGCAUUUUACCGCUGCGUCGAAGGGAACUAUCCAUGUGGUAUUUUCCGCUUCUCCAAAGAACCUAAAAGCUCGUUAUGUCUUCGAAAUUUCUCCUUCCAAAGUUGUGAUUUUCAAGGUAAGUUUACGUCAGUUAUUUCUUGACUUCCAUUAUGAUUUAUUUAGUAACAUCUUUAUUUAACUUCUAUUUUUCUUUGUCCUUGUUUUGUUCUUGCUGUUUUUUUUGUUCUUUUUUUGCUUUUCUCGUCAAACCUUUUUUUUCGUGAGUUACUGAAUCACAUUACUAUCAAGCCAUGAUUACCAACGAAGCCCCUUAUCAUUGAAAAUUCAUCUUUCUGCCCAAGAAUGUAGCCAAAAGCACAUACAAAUAGUACCAAUAAAAUGCUAAUGAAAAUUACAAUAAGUGAGAUUAUAGCAUGUCAUUGGAGGAGUGAAUUAUUGGCACACUAUGAAAGCUGUGAUGUUAGACAACGGCCUAGAUUAGCGCCGCUUAUGUGUAUCUAUACGUAGUUUCUCUUUGGUCUGGUAUCUAUCUUAGGGGAACAAAGCCUUAGCGGAUUCUCCAUCCACAACAAGCGUAGAUGCCGUGGCCCUCGGAGAAAGUGUACUGUAUGAAUCAUACUUUGUUUGCAUUACCAUUUCUUGGCCAAGCGACAUUAAUUGA